AUCAACAACAACUACGUAUUAGCAUCAUUACAUAGUAAUUUAAAAAUCCCAAUUUUUUGUGAUCAGUGUUGAUAGGUCGUACUAAUAUUAACAUCUCUUAGAUAUCACUAUUUUUUAAAGUUAAAACAUUAUUAAUUUUCUACGGUGAUUGUUAGUAUUUAUUAAAUAUUUUAUAUUUUACUAUACCUAAAUGUUUGUUACUUAAUGGUGAAAUAAUAUUUAAUGUUUAGUAAAGUUCAUACAACUUACGUAUGCACUAUAAUUUCUUGUUAAUAUUUAAAAAUAUAUUUACCUUGAUUUUAGUUAUUCUUUAGCCAUGAAGGUGACGUAUUCUUGGUGGGUAUAUUCAUGCUUAAUUUUCGUAACUGUAAUUAUGUGUAACAAAGCAAAUGAAAGACAAGUUGAAUCAUCUUGCUCAGAAACCUCUGAGGAUACGUAUAGUUGUUCCGAUGGGUCAUGUAUCGUACGGUCGUUAGUUUGUGACGGCCAAAAUGAUUGCUUAGAUGGUUCAGACGAAAAUAAAGAGUUGUGUAAUCAAUAUCUGUACGAGAAGAGUAAUACUACAGUUUGCGGUAGAGUAUACACUACUGGCCAUCCAGUAUCGACCAUCGAUGCUAAGGAAGCGCUCUUUGGAGCAGCACCUUGGAAUGUUGGAAUAUAUCGAUUAAAUAAAGAUAAAAUUAAUUACGACUUAAUAUGUGGAGGAUCAAUAAUUGCUCCAAAUUUAGUCAUUUCAGCGGCUCAUUGUUUUUGGCAUAGAGAAUUAUUAUCUAACAAUAUAUCAAUAAACAAUGAUUCAUAUAAAGUUGCCAUUGGUAAAUAUGAUAUAAAUUUCACAAUAGUUGACAAUGACUUUACUCAAAUAAUGGAUGUUGCAACUAUUUACUUACAUGAAGCUUAUAAUGGGGCUAGAGGUCUCCACGCUAAUGAUAUAGCUGUUAUUGUGUUAUCACACAGAAUUGUUUUUAGUAGUGUUGUUGCACCUAUUUGUGUCGAUUGGAAUAGUACAUACAAUGUGUUGAAUGGAGUUGAUGGAAAAAUUGUUGGCUGGGGAAGAACGGAAAAGGGUACAUCAAGUCCCGUUUUAUUAGAAACUUAUUUACCAUACAUCGAUCGCAAAUCUUGUCGAGAUAUAUAUAAAAAUGGAAACUUUGAUUUGUUUGUGACUACUGAUAAGUUUUGUGCUGGUUUUCCUUUGGUUUCAGGACGAGAAAUGGGCGAAGGAGAUAGCGGUGCAGCCAUAACCUUCUUACACUACAAGUUUUAUUAUUUAACCGGUGUAUUGAAUCACAGAGAAAAAUCCUCAAAUAAUUCAGUAGCAGUUUUUACAGACAUAAAGUACCAUGUUGAAUGGAUUCGUAAACUAUUUAAUGAACAUAACUUUGUCUAAUAACAUAAUGGUAAUGGCAUAUAAAAUUUAUCUUUUUUAUAAUAAAAAUGAACAUUCAUAUAAACAUUGUUUUUUUUUUUGUGCAUACACAAUUAAAAUUGUUCUUUUAAAUUAAAUUUUAUAAUGAUGACAUACAAUUCAUACAUAUUAAGAGCUAUUAAAUUUUAUUUACACAUUUUGCAUUUUACACUUUAAUGAUUCGAAAUUAUUAUUAUCGUACUGUCAUAUUAAUUAAAUAAUUAUCUUGUAGAGAAAUAGAGUAAGUACUAAUCUGACAAUGAGCUAGAUAAUUUUUUUUCAAUUUUUAAUGUAUUCAUUACGUACGUGCGUGGAAAAUACAUUGUUUACAUGUCUCAUUAUACAAUUGUAAUUUGUUGUUCUACAAUUAUAAAUUUUAAGGUGAUGAAUACAUUUUUUUCCAAAUUUAUUGACUC